AUGCCUUUCGGUUGGGGAGAAGCUGAGGAAGCUCACCGUCAGGUGCAGGGGUAUGAGCCGGAGAAGAACGAGGGUCACCUCUCUCACGAUCUCAUUGCCGGUGCCGCUUCUUUUGCCGCGAUGAAGGCUUUUGAUGAGCACCAGCGCAAGCAAGGCAAAGAAGUCUCGCACAGCACUGCCAAGGAAAUAAUUGCUGGCUUGGCCGGUGCUGGUGUCACGAGAUUGGUUGAGACCAAGGGCAGGGAUGCGAUCGACGAGCAUAAAGCUAAGAAGCAGGCCGAGGAGAACGCCCAGCGCAUGUACGAAGAGCACUACGAACGAAAGGGUCCUCACUUUAACCCCAAUGAGCACGAACCGCACCCGGCCUACGACCGCAAUCGCUUCGACGAGCACCCACGCCCCCACGGCGGCGAGAACCGAGGCUUGGACAGGUGGUAA